GCUCAUUAAACUCUGGACUGGAGACUUCCCUCUUCAUUUCAUGCUAUGUAAACACACAGGAGAGAGAUUCCUCUGACAUCUCAAAGAGAGGGUCUCCUUUCUCUCUGGACUAUUAACAAAAUUUGGACAGAGUAUGAUGUAAGGAGAACAAAGAAGGAGGAAGAAAGAAAGAAUGCAGGUGAUUUUGAAAUGAAGCAAAUUGAUACAGACCUGGUGAAUAUAACAACCAUAAAAGGAGUGGAAGAGAAACUGUCUCAGGUUUUAAAGGACUCAGAGACACUUCCUUUUGUAUGUAGCUUUUGUUUAUAUUAUUUUUAAUUUGGAGCUAUUAUUGCCAAUGCAUUUUUUUGCCUUGGUUCAAAGCUACUAUCUUUCAAUUCUGCAAGAGUCUGGUGAUUAUCCCUACCUCUGGAAUAAGCUAAGAAAGAAUCUUGACUUAAAUCCAACUGCAAAUUCCGAACUACAAAAUUUGUAAAAAUUCAGUGUAUUACUUUAGAAAAGAAAAGAGGAGGACAGCUUUAGAAAACUGAGUAAACCCCUCUUGAUGCUCAAAGAAUUGUGGAACUCUGGAUUCUGGAAUCAUGACAGAUCUACUGACCAACCUGCUGCUAAUUUUCUCCCUGGAGUGGCUGGUGAGGGGUGAAAAGGCUGUACCCCAAAUUUUCAUGGAUAUGGCACCAGAUUCCUUUGAUGACCAAUAUGAUGGAUGCAGAAACCAGGUGGUGGAAGAACUGAAACAAGGAAACUAUUUCCAAAAAGAACUGGGUGCUCAUGAGAACUACUCAAACAUUUGGGAAAAAGCCCGAGAGGCUUGGGCAAUGAUGUCAACUAGUUUGCUCAAAGAGAUGCAGGAGAAUCACUCUAUAGCCCUCAUUGCUUAUACCAUGAAUUCUCCACUACACUCUGACUUGAACCAGGUUGUAUCCAGAGCUGGGAGAUCUCCAGGGCACUACAGACACAACUUCCCCUUCAAAUAUUUGCACUUCUACCUGACUACAGCAAUUCAAUUGAUAAGGAGGUGGGGAAGUGGCACAACUACAAAGUGCUAUCUAGUAUACAGGGGGGUAAAAGGGCUGCAUUUUGAGGCUAAACUGGGCAGUACAGUGCGAUUUGGCCGCUUUGCCUCCUCCUCUCUCCUUUGGAAGGAAGCCAAGAAAUUUGGGACCGAAACAAUGUUCAUCAUAAAGACUUGCCUGGGAGCACCUGUGCAGCAGUUCUCCCACUACGCAUCUGAGAGGGAGGUCCUUAUCCCCCCCUAUGAAGUAUUCAGAGUCAGGAAAUUCAACUGGACUCAGAGAGGCAACUGGCUGCGUCUGGACUCUUUGGGGAAUUACAGCAAGUACAACUGUGAACUCCUGAAAGCGUCAAGUAACAAGAACUGUGUCAGCACACCAUGGGUCACUGUUUUUCUUUCUUGUGUGAUCACUGAUUCCUUAUACUUGGCCAGACAAUGGCUUUUUCCCUGAUUCCAGAUGGAUUCAUAUGCUGAGUGAGCAAGAGUGAAGAAUGGAGGAGAGGGAAUGACAAGCUAGUGAUAGAGCAAUAGAUAUUACUGAUGCAACAAAGUGCCAAACACCUUUUGUGACUUUGGCUGCAACUCUCAUUGACUAGUUGAGUCAGGGUGUGCGCUGUUCAGACUCUACAAGAACUCAUGCACUAUGUUAUCAUCAAACCAGGUCCAUGUGUAUAUACAUUGCAAAUACAAGGAUAAUUGAUCUGUGCAUGUACUAAGGAGCAUAACUAUGACUCCAGUCAGUCUCAGCCCUUUUUUGUAAGGCCUUCAGUAUGAAUAUAAACUGACUGAACAAAACUCAAGUCCUAACAGACUGUGUAUUAGCAUUUCCUUUAAAAGUCUUAGUAGGAUUUUUUUGUGUCUGCAGUAAUAGUACCCUCUGGUGGCCAAUAAUAAAAGACCUGAAAAUUACAUAUAUGUUAAAUAAAAAUUGUAGAGCCAA